AAUGUCUGAAAGAGUGGGAACGAUGGGUGGUAACAUGGGCAGCCCAUUUGACGAUGGUGUUUUCGAUGGCGUGAGAAGAAUAAUUGUCGGAAGAGACUGGGACUGUGUUUCUUAUAUCAAGAUUGAGUACGAAAAUAAUGAUGGAAAUUUUGAAACCCGUGAACAUGGAACGAAUCGCGGGGGACUUCAAGAGUUCACAGUGGAUUAUCCGACUGAAUAUAUCACAUCCGUUGGUGGAAGCUUCUCACAUGUUUUUAGGUAUGGAACAGCGCUUAUCCAGUCGUUAAUCUUCAGAACCUCCCGUGGAAGGACCUCUCCGAUACUCGGUCAUUCGUUUUUGGGGUUUCAACUUGGGACAAGAUUCACGCUCGAGGGUAAAAAUGGUGGAAAGCUUCUAGGUUUUCACGGACGUUCUGGUCAAGCUCUUGAUGCCAUCGGACCUUACUUCUUCGCUGCGAAUCCUCCUCUUAGGCACUUUAACCCUCAAGGUGGGAACGGAGGGAGCGCUUGGGACGAUGGUGCUUUCGACGGUGUAAGAAGAAUACUCGUUGGACGAGGUGGUAGAUUUGUAAGUUUUCUCAGGUUUGAGUAUGCGAGAGGCCAAAGAACGGUGCCACAUGAUCAUGGGAGGAGGCAAGAGGUUCCACAGGAGUUUGUGGUGGAUCAUCCUAAUGAACAUAUUACAGUAGUGGAGGGAACCAUCGAUGGCUUCCUUACAUCGCUUAGGUUUCAAACAUCAAUAGGAAGAACCUCCCCUGCUUUUGGCAAUGUGGUUGGCAGGAGAUUUGUGUUCGAGGAAAAUAAUUUCAAGCUUGUCGGGUUUUCUGGUCGGUCUGGUGAUGUCAUUGAUGCUCUUGGUGCAAACUUUGGCCCUCUUCCAGCUCCAACUCCGGUCCCAGCUCCAGUUCCAGCUCCGGCUCCGGCUCCAGCUCCACCUCCAGCUCCUGCUCCUGCUCCUGCUCCGGCUCCUGCUCCUGCUCCGGCUCCUGCUCCGGCUCCUGCUCCUGGUCCAGCUCCUGCUCCUGGUCCAGCUCCGGGUCAGGGUCCAGUUCCCGGUCGGGCUCCAAAUCCAGCUCCGGGUCGGGCUCCAAGUCCGGUUCCAGGUCCAGCUCCCGGACCGGCUCCAGGUCCGGCUCCAGCUCCGGGUCCGGCUGGACGAUGA